AUGGAAGGUGAAAAAGAAGAACAACUACAUAAAGAGGGGUCUGUAAACAUCAAACCAUUGGAUGGGCCUGCGUCAUGUGAUCAGUCUUCAGAUUGUAGUCCAUCUUCGGGCCCUACUGGCUUGUUGUCAUUACCAUGGGAGAUGGUAACUCACAUCGCUUCUCACCUCCCUGCUCAGUGUGUCAUUACUGUCUUGCCUAAGGUGUGCCAUGCCUUACGUAACGUGGGCAAAGACAAUACUGCAUGGCAAAUCCGUGCUCAUAGACUCACCGGCUCACGAGCAAUCUUUCCUGUUGGGCCAAAGGAGGAUUUUAACUGGCCUCAAGCUUGUCUGGAGAUGGAGCGGCUGAUAACUCUUUGGACAGAUCAAACUCUUUUUGUGGCUCAACAGAGUAGAGAACAAGUAGAUGAAAGAGAAAGGCAAGGCGCUGUGCUGGAAGCCGGUGAAGUGGGGGGGGUUGACAGGAUCGGUGGUGCAGCACAAGAGGUGGCCUAUGGGGCGAACGAAGGCCUGGAGGUUGCCCUGGAAGGCGACAACCAAGAGAUACUAGGGGACCAACAAGAGGGGGCUGCAGCUUUAAUUAAUGAGGAAAUACAUUUAAGACAAGACGACAUGAAUCCUGAGGAAAACAUUGACCAAAGACUUUUAGGAAAUGAACAGCUGUCAGAAAAGGAGACCAAACCGGGUAGAUGUGCCAGCCCAUCGCCAGCUUUAGAGUGUAUCACUUUACCAUCGGACCACAUCGGACUAGUUACUUCAGCUCUUCUUGUGGGUGGUGGCGCUGAGAGGGGAUUGAUAAAGACCAAAUCUCAUGUCCUCUGCUUGUCCUUUAAAAAUAACGUACUACUGACUGGGACACAUAACGGUAAAAUCACCAUGUAUGAUCCCAGAGCUGCCACACCCCUGGUAAAAAGUCUAGCCAUCCAUAAUAACGCAGUAAUGUGCCUUGCUGCAGAUGACCAGUAUAUAAUCUCAGGGAGUGAAGACUCCACUGUGGCUGUUUAUGACUGCAGAGCUGGAAAGGGCCUAAAGAAAAUUCGGCUCAAAUUCUACCCACGAUCAUUAAGCUACUGUGGCAGUGAGGUGUGGGCUGGAGACAGCAAAGGCAUGCUCCACUCCUUUUCCAUGCAAGCUGGGACUUUUAAAGUUCUGUCACAGUUUGAUGUGGCACACACAGCUAUGAUCACUGGAAUCCACCUUUCCCCUGGAAGCCUUUACACCUGCUCAAUGGACAAAACACUGAAGGUACACAUUCCAUGUUCCCCACCUAGAACACUGUGCACAAUGCAAUACCAGACCAAAGCAAAUGGGUUAAGUGUGGAGGCUGGAGUCCUCGCUGUUGCCUCAGGAGAUUCCUGUGUAAUUUGGCGUCCUAGAAAAUGA